UCAUCAUGUUAUCUUAUGUUCUAUCAUUUUAAUUCCUCAGAUACAUUGGAUUACCAUGGAAACAGCCGAUGGUUGACACCUAAGAGUGUGAAUCUGUUAGCUACUAAUGAUGUUUCAGGUGGUGCUGAUCAACUUCCAACUACUAAGAAUACCAAUGCAGCUGAUGAUCCUUGUGGAACGACCCGAGGUUGCUUUCGUUCACCUGAAGAUUGUUACCCUCCCUCUUCCUGCACUUUUUUUGUUGCUUGGAAUCGUAAUAGUGAUACUGAUUCCCUCAUUGACUUUGAAUUGAGCGUAGAGGCAGGAUCUGGAGAGACGUUUGGUGCAGUCGGAUUUUCUGAGAACAAUAAAAUGCCUGGUUCUGAUGUUUAUGCUUGCUUCUCGGACGGGAUGCUUAAGCGUUAUUUUACCGAUGGAUACGAUCAGAACCAAGUGACAACAAGAGCAAAUAAAGGUUUAUCUAACAUUAUGGUGGAUGCUGUUGAUGGCACUAUUCGUUGCAUUUUCUCAAGAAACAUUGACUUGGAUGAUGGAGAUGCUGAGUUUCUUAGUCUAAAUAAAUCGCUGUAUGUUAUUGGAUCCAAAUCUACAAGAAAUGGAGACACACUUGUUUACCAUGGAAGCAACCGAUGGGUGACAACAAGCGCUGUGGAUUUGUUAGCUGUUGGGGCUGUGUCAGGUGACGAUCAACUUCCAAAAACUAAGAAAGCCCAUGGUAUCCUUAUGGUGAUUGCGUGGAUGUUCUUCGCAAGUACUGGUAUUCUUGUCGCUCGAUACAUGAAAACUUUUCUCCCUGAGGAAACUCUCUGCGGUACUAAAGUUUGGUUCAAUAUUCACCGUAUCUGUAUGAUAAGCACAUGGGUGUUGUUUGUGUCUGCAUUUGUUGCCAUAUUUGCAGUUAAAGGAGAAUUUGUUCAAUCGACAAAUAAAACUACAUUUGCUCAUGCUAUCAUGGGUUGUUUUGCUGUGGGAUUUGGAACAAUCAAUCCAAUAAUGGCUAUUUUUAGACCUCAUCCUGGAACACCAAGGCGUCCAUACUUCAACCAUCUGCACAGGAUUGUUGGCCUUUCGGGUUGGGUUUGUGCAAUAACUGCAAUCGUGCUGGCGUGUGACUUCUAUUUUGAAUCAGCAGAGUCCAUCACAGACGUCGGUGCAUUUUGGAUAAUGUUCACGUUUCUUAUUAUCGCUUUCACAAUAAUACUGACAUUCGAAAUCUUCAAUUUCAGAGCAAAGUGUGAUACCAAUCAAAAAGCAAAUCAGCCUGAUGGCGUUGCAAUGCAGCCUGUGGAUGGAAAUAAAGUCACCGUCGCUGCUCCUACAACGUCAGGCAACUCAUGUGAAAGAUGGAGGACCCUCAUCUUCGGCUGUUCCUUCCUUUGUAUUUUUAUCCUGACUGUUGUUAUGAUAUCCGAAAUUGCCAAAGUGUGAUCUGAAUGAGAUGCAAUUGCUCAAUUACAUUGGGAGGAGGGUGGGGUAAUUGGGCAAGAGUUGGGUAAUUUGGCGGGGGUAAUAGAUAAUGUGUACAAAGGUUAUGGAUGGCCAUUGUGUAAUUGUAUGGUAUUUGUUUAUUAGGUUGUAGCUAUUCUGUGUUUUGUAUUACUGUACAACCACAUUCCCACCCAACUCCUCGUUAGUUGCUUCAUGUUCCACUAUUUAAUUAUUUGUAUGGCACUCUUGUACUAAUUUAACCAUUUAAAAAUGUAAUGGUUAUGCUAAACAAACUGGCAACAUCAUUAACAAUUUACCACAUUGCAUUUGGGUGAAUUUUUAAUAUAAAUGAAUUUAGUUUUCCACUACCAUGCCUCCCUCUCAAGCCUAACUUGUGUACAGAGUAUUACGAUGUGGUGUAUACUAAUAAAGAUAAAGUGUUGGAAGGUUAAGUUCGAAAAUUAUGUUAGUAGAUGAGGGGGAACUCGGCCUUAUCAAACAUUUGAAUAGUGUUGCUCUGUAACGAAGGGGUUGUUAUGUGGUAUUGUGACGUUAGCUACGUAAUACUGUAUAUGCAUAAUACCGUGGCUCUCUCCUUGGUCUGAUCUACUGUAACUCGUGUAGGUCAUAACAUGACAUUUGAGUACACUAGAGCCACAGGCCACAACCAAUGCCUUAGUAUGCAGUGACUACCAAAUCAUUUCUCCCAGAAUGCAUUGCAGUACUAACAAAAAAUUAAUGGGUGAAAAGGUUCCAUCUUUAAGUAGCAAGAAAGUAGAAUGAAGUAAUUGAUUUAAAAUCAUUACCAUUUUUUGUUAGUAAUAAAAUUUAUUUAUUUUGAUCUUUAUAUUUUAAACUAAUUUAAUCAGGAUACAUUUUUUAGGCAUAUGGUAAUACUGUAGCUUUUUUUUUAACGAUGAUCUUGCGCACAAUACGACUAUAAAAUGAAAACUUAUAAUAGGGAUGAAUUUAAAUUUGUACAUCUGUCAGUUUUUGUUACCAAAGACACCAGAUCCAUCCAUUUAUAUUGUUGAAAAUUCUUGAUAAUACAGUACAUUAUAUUAUUAUGCACAAUACUAGGAUAGCUUAGCAAGAAAGUGGAGUUAUAGAAAAGACGCUCACCUUUUACUCACCGGGUCAAAAUGCACAACAUUUGACCUCAUGAAGCAAUCCAAGCCAUAAAGAAACAUAUAAAGCCGGGCACUCACUGUUAUAUUGAGUUGGAAUUGAUAAAAAAAAACUUGCUUCGUUUUUGUGUUUAUGUUCAUGCUUACACAACCAGACUCAACGUGUUGAAGGUAUUGCGCCACUACUGUCAUAUUCUACUAUAACAUUGUACUUAGUCUGUUGAAUGUUUCUAAAUCACUUGAUAUAUUUAUAUGUAUUUAUAUUUGAUUAGUAUUUGAUAAACUCAGGUUAGAACAAGCCUGUGUUUAUCUGGCCAUUUUUGAAUUGAAUUUAAUUCCAGUGCCUUAGAAUCUUCAUAAUACUAUUGUUAGGAAACAUUCACUUUUAAAUGUCAUUGAGGAGACUCAAUGCUUCAAACGCUUUAUAAUUGUACACAAUUGAAAAUGAUAUUUUAUAGGAAAAUUGUAUAAUUAAUAGUGUAUUUGCAAAUUGUAAAUGAUAUUCAGUAUUUUGGUAUAAUAUAUUACAUAAUGAAUAAUUAUAUAUUAUGGGUAAAAUCUAAUCCAAUUGUCUUUAAAACAGUUUUAUAGAAUAUUAUUGUUGUUGCACUUUUAAUAUAUAAUCAAUUAUUUGAUACUCAUUAUUUAUAUAUUAUUUUCACAUACUACACUGAACUAAUAAAUCUAAUGACACAA